GCACAUGUGCAGUAAUCAGCUGAUUGCCUCAGUAAAUAAAAAAUGGCGACUGCAGGUUUAUUUGCGUCCACCCUAUCCAGGAUUUUUUCAAAUGUGAAGACAGGAUGUCACAUUCAGCAGACGCGGAACAAAUGGGCAAAUGCCAGAAUGUUGAGGGAUUACAAAAGAAGAUGUGUAGCUAAAGAAUACGCGCCUCUUCGUGUUCGUCUUCUCACGAUGAAACGAAAUAAUAUUUUGCCUCGAGAGAUACAAGACAUCGCCAGUAAGGAAAUGCUAGAGGUACCCCGUCAUGCUGCCAUGUGCCAAUUGACAGGAAGAUGUGCGAUAACUUCUCGACCACGAGGAAAUCUGAUGAGAUGGAGACUUUCCAGAUUUGUUUUCCGACGUCUAGUGGACUACAAUCAAUUAGCAGGAGUCCAGAGAGCCUUAUGGGGAUAAUUUGACAUUAAAAACUAAAAAAAA